AUGUCAACACAAUUUUUCACAAGUGAACUUGGUUGUCCCAUUCCAGCAAAUACUCCGCACGCUGUAUCAGUGACACUGCCACGCUGGCAGGAUAAUGUAGAUUAUGAGGAGGGGAAAGAGCGUGUGUUGAGUAAAAUGUCAAACGGAUAUCCAAG